GCGUUGCGACUAAGCAAGCGGCUACUUGUUCUAAAACAGCCCAAAGUUUGGAGAGAAAGCAGCAUUAUCUGCAAAAAUCAUCAUGACCACAUGAGGGAGUGCGUGCUCUAUGCUGGGCACAUCAGUAAAUGUUUAUUAUUAUGUAACUUUCCUUUUUCAUAAUUUCUUCUGUAAAUGAGUAUUCCCUUUUGAAAAGUGAGCUUUCAUUUCACAGUAAACACAAGAACAAUUUCCCAAAUGUUUGAUGACUUAAGCUAAUUGUUGACAAUUACUUUUUUUUUUAUAUCUAUAAUGUAACUUGGUCAGACUUUCAUUGGGAUCCAUCCAUUUUUGCAACAUAAAUAAUUUUAGUAGAAACAUUAUAUUUGUGUGUGUGUGUGUGCACAUUGACAAAUCUCAUUUGCAAUCCAUGCUUUGUAAUAUUGUCUUAUGGCAUAGAAAAGAGUGAUUUUGAAAGAAAAUCAAGGUUUUCUAACAUAUCUGAUGGGGUGUGCUCCUUUAUUUUAAACUGCAACUGAAUUCCACAAGACUUUUGCGUGGGUAGGCAAGAAGAGAUCGUUGCACAUAAAAGUGCAGAUGGAUUUUGAACAGACUAGCUGUUUGACUCAAGCCACAUUGCUGAUUAAAAAUAUUUUAUUUCUCAAAACACUGUAAAUAUACAUACAGUAUUUACCUGGCACUGGGUUUAUAACUUUUUGUUGUGUGUUAAACAGGACUUUUGACUGAGGUUGCGAUACGGUAGUAGUACGUGACCCUGUUUAUUUUUUCAGUUUACACAUUAUAAUACUGAUGAAUAACAUUUUCCCAAUGAACCGUGCUCUUUCAUGAAAUCUCCGUUUUAAAGGGAAAAAAAAUCACAAAUAAAUUUUUGUUAGUUAAAACCCAUGUGAUGUUACUGUUGGUUUCAAUCUUAUGAGUAGGCCUGUUAAAUUUCAAUGAAUCAUCCUUCUACUACAUCCUGACUUAAUGAGUUUGCGGUGAAUAGUCCUCCACACUGAUACAGUACUGAUGCAGUAAAAAAAAAAAACGAUCAACAAAAUAUUUUAGCGAGUUGACACUUGAGGCGGUAUAAGGGGAAAUCAAAUAGUUUCAGUAUUAAAGCUGUUCUCACGCCUCCCUGAAUUCUAUGAAUGGCUGUGACUACUUAGAAGCGUCACGUAACCCGUUUCAAAUUCCAUGAACAAAACAAACCAUUAAAGUAAAUGUGUCACGGAUCUUAACAACGCACCAUUGAUGGUCAGCAGCUACCUCAGAUGUUCACUUUUGCUACAUAAAACCAAAACUUUGUUUACUAGGAGCUAUUUAAGCUAAAUGAGCUCUUUGUUGCUUAAUAUGUGUAUUUCCAUAAGUUCAAUUUCAAUUGCAUAAACAACCUUCCUGCACAAAGAAUAAAGUAAUUAUUAGAUGGGUUCAAACUACAUUUUAAACAUUUACCCAGUUCCCAGACCUUCAGCUUAAAUUCAUUGUUAUUGACUAGAAGUGUAAGGAAUGAAGGAGACUAACUUGCACCAAACCUCCGAUAAUUAUUAACUCUCCACUACGCAUACACCAGGGUUAUUUUAUUUGCAUUUUGAAUUAGGUUUAGUGGUUAACUUCUCUACACACUUGUAUGAUGGUUAAAACAUUGUCUUUAUAGUUAAUCAAGGUAUUAGGAUAAGGACAGUUUGACCCCUGAAAUUAACGAAUUUAAUUGAUUUAUAAUUUCCAUUUAUUAGGAAGCCCAAAUAAUUUGGUCGUUGACCACUGUCCUGGAACAGAUUUAUUUUCUGUAAGUAAAUUCUCAAAAUUCAAUGUUUCCAGUAGUUUAUAGAAACAAUUUAUUUUACUCAAAACAUAUACCACGGUGGCCGACUGGCCAGAGUGUCAGCCUCACAGUUCUGAGGACCCGGGUUCAAUCCCCGGCCCCGCCUGUGUGGAGUUUGCAUGUUUUCCCCGUGCCUGCGUGGGUUUUCUCCGGGCACUCCGGUUUCCUCCCACAUCCCAAAAACAUGCAUUCAUUGGAGACUCUAAAUUGCCCGUAGACAUGACUGUGAGUGCGAAUGGUUGUUUGUUCCUAUGUGCCCUGCGAUUGGCUGGCAACCAGUUCAGGGUGUACCCCGCCUCCUGCCCGAUGAUAGCUGGGAUAGGCUCCAGCACGCCCGCGACCCUAGUGAGGAGAAGCGGCUCAGAAAAUGGAUGGAUGGAUGGAUAUACCAUUUUACUCAAACAUGUACUUAUAAAUAGCAACAACAAAAAAUCAUACGUACAGUAUACAGUAAUUCUUCGCUAUAUCACGGGUAACCUAUUACGGAUUCAGUGAAUUGCAGAUUUUUGUAAUCAUAUUAAUUUCGCCAAAUAACAGUAUUUCUUUAUAUACUUUUUCAAUUGCCGUGGUAAAAUAUACAUUUUCUAGCUUAAAACAAUAAAACCAAAUGAAAAUUACUUAAGAGAUUUCCGAGUGUCUUUGAACGCAUCGCUUUGCAUGCCUGUGAGGGCAACCAAGGGGUGGGGGAGCGGAGUUUGUUGAUGCCAUAAGUUACGUCUCACAGUAACUGGGUUUCGUUACUUUAUCAAUAAAUGUGAGAUAAAUAGACUAACGUUGCGGCGUAUAUCAUUGGAAGAUGUUACAAUACUUUAUUUUAAGCCCACGAUGCCGCCCAAAUGUUCUGUGCCAGCCAAGGUACCUGGCAGUUGGCAGCAGAGGAGGCUGGGACCUGUAACAGCUAACUAGCAGUAAAGAUGCACCUUCUCGACCUGAUGAAGGAAGUGAGGUUUGUGCCUGUCAGCAGCCAUUAUGGCAUAAGAAAAAGAAGAAGAAUCACCUUUUAUUGUCAUGAACAUGCAUGCAUGUAUGCACAUGAAAUUUGUUCUCUGCAUUUUACCCAUCACAGUGAACACAUACACAUGUUAGUGGAACACACUGGAGCAGGGGGCAGCUGAAGCACCCGGGGAGCAUUUCGGGGUAUCAGUGUCUUGCUCAAGGACACCACAGCCGUGAGUCCAGGGUAUGUUGGCGGAUGGUCCAGUCGGGGUCUUGAACCUAGGUCCCCCACGGUGGCAGGCGAUGAUCUUAAGCAUUGGGCCACGGCUCCAUAAAUAAAUUAAUGGAAAUUGUGUCAGAGUGACAGCUGUAAUGCUCUUUCCAGCUGUGCAACGCAUUUAAAAAUCGGCAUCAACUUCAACGCUGAGUACCCUUAUAAAAUGUUACAGCCAUCCAUCCAGUUUUCCGCUCAUCUUCACUUUGUUGUUAGUAUUAUUUAUGUUUAAGAGUAUACUGUAAAAAGUCAUCAAGCGUGUAGGAAAUGUUUAUGAGUAUGGUAGAGCUUAAUAACAGUGUGGGAAAGAUUAAUAAGUGUGGGACUGGGGAGAUUCAUACAGCUUUAAAAUGUGUAAAAAAAAUAAUUUAAAAAAUAAAAACAUGGCCACCACUUUGCGGCUUUCACCUAUUGCGGGGGUGGUCCGGAACCUAACUCUCGCCAUAAACUAGGGAUCACUGUACAUGAACUGAUACGUUUCCACUGUCAAAACACUAGAGCUGUGAACGAGCAGUUUUAAAGCAUUUAACAGUGGAAUUGCUUGACUUUUUACACCCUACACACAUACAUCACUGAAAACAUUUGAGUGAGAUAAGAUCAACUCUAUUUAUUGGAAUUGUGUUGUAAGGGAUGUACAGUACAGGCAUGUCAGUUUGAUUUCACAUGCAAUACCAGAUAUGAGGCAAUGAGGUGUCAGAAGUCACAUGCUAACCUGAACAAAUUGUGUUAUAACAUUCACCAGUAUAAAGAACUGGCUGAUGGGGUGCACCAACAGAUGCUUCACAGAGAAUGAUUUACUGACUCCUCGCCAACAUGAAUGCCUCUUUAUCCACCUCCCAACUCCUUUGCAUCAUGCCUGUCUUGGCUAUCCUGCUCCUUGCCUUUGGUAAACUUUUAUCCCGCCGGCAGUGCUGUUCUCCAGUAGAUGGACAUGGCUCCGCCGUGCUGAUAACCGGCUGUGACAGCGGCUUUGGAUACGAGCUGGCUCGAUGCUUGGACCGCAAGGGGUUUGUGGUCUUUGCCGGCUGUUUGUUUCCACAGGGAAUGGAUGCCCAGAACCUGGCCAGAGAGAGCUCCGGUAAUUUGAAAAUCCUCAAACUGGAUGUCACCAGUGAUGCAGAUGUGCAGCAGGCAAAGAGGAUUGUCAAGGAGAACCUACCAGAAAAAGGCCUGUGGGCAGUGGUUAACAACGCCGGCAUCUCAGACUGGGCAGAGAUAGAGUGGAGCACAAUUGAAGACUUCCGCCACAUGGUGGACAUCAACCUCUUUGGCUGCAUCAGGAUGACUGUGGCCUUCCUGCCUUUGGUGCGUGCUGCAAAAGGCCGGAUGGUUUUCGUGUCGAGCAUCUUCUCUUUCUUCAACUGUCUGAACAUGGGAAGUUACAGCGUGUCAAAGCGAGCACUGGAGGCGUUUGCCGACUGCUUACGGGUGGAAAUGGCCAGCUUUGGUGUGAAGGUUAGCAUCAUUCAGCCAGGGAACUUUUGCCAAGCCACCAACAUUGUGAAGAUGAAGACCCUGUCUGAUAUUUGGAUAAAGUUCGAUGAUGAGCGCAAGCAAAUCUUCAACCAAGCCUACAUUGAGCUGGCCAUCGAGUACUUUGUCUCAACAUGCAAGAUGGGCUUCAGCAACGCUGACAAGGUCAUCACUGCCAUGCUGCAUGCCCUUACAGCCCCUCGCCCAAGACAUAGGUACAUGGUAGUCUCAAUCAUGGAUCGGGUGUGCUUCCAGCUCUACCUUUUUCUCCCCACUGCGCUCACUGACUCUGUGUUUUCUCUUAGCUCUAUGUAUGCUAAAAGAAAAGAAAUGUUGUAUGUGAAGUAGGAAAAUACUUUUCAUUGUUUUUAUUUAACUCUCAAAUGAUGUGUAAAAUGACGUUCUGUUCGGUAAUCAUCUCCAUGUCAUAAAGCUUUAGUAGAAAAGCUCUUUUAAGACGAUGUCACAUAGAAUUAAGCAAAAGAGAAAUUCUUUCUUUCAGAGACUUCGGAGAAAGGUGCUUCAGUAUACAAAUUAAGAAAAAUAAGUCUUGAAUCUGAAGAUAAAUGCCCAUUAAACAACAAAGACGCGUUGAAGUUGAUGCGGAUUUUGAAUGCGUUGCACAGCUGGAAAGAGCAUUUAUUUAUGUUCUUCAUUUCACAUAUGGCCAUUUGUCUCGCUUGCACAAGAUAGCAAACUGCUUGGGGCACUCUUGUGUAUGACCUCCUCACUCCAGCAUCACUCAUGCCACAGAAUCCUGAUUGUAGAUGUAUAUAUGCAAUGUUAUGUGUUUUAUAAAAAAUAUAUAUAGACAUUUUUCUCUUGGGGUGACUGAUAAAGGGUCGUUUUCUUUUACUUUUGUGUAUUAAAAAUUUAUCACUAUGUUCAGAAUACCUAUCAUCAGAAUGUGUUUUCCUGAAAUCAAUUUGACAUCCUGCCCUUGUGAUGCGUGUAAUCUGUGGGAGCAAAAUAAAUUGCUAGUGCUCGUUCGAGCCUUGUUGA